AGUCCCGUUCACUCAAACCCAACAUCGGCUGCUAAUUUCCCUUAAUUCUCAUUUUCCGGCAUCAAUCACCGCCCCUCCUUAAUAAAACUGAUGCGUUAUCAGCCUAACAUCGCCUAACCAAAACCAAAUUUCUUAAACGUGAAGUCAAAUCAUAGUCCCAAUCUGAUAGAAGCAUCACAAUCUCAAGAAAGCUCGCCCCCACCCUAUCUUAUUUCCGGCUCCUCUGCCACUCGCUUUCUCAAUCUCUAUGUCAUUCUAUUGCCAAAAUGGAGAAAGAUGGUCCCUUUGCGCCUUCUUGAGCCAAACUGAAAACGACAUUGCCCCCUUCCCUUUCACGGAGUAAGACAUACUCUUACAAACAUCUCAAUUCCCCUCUUCUCGUUCUCAUCGCUCUCUCCAUGUUCUCUCUCUUUUGCACAACUUCCAUCAUUUCAGGCGCAGAUAGACGCAGAGGUAGAGGACAUUAGCUGGGACAGUGACCUUCUUAAGUCGCCAUAAGCAGCAAAGCACGAAAGAUGAAAUUUUGAUUUCUUUGUUCGGGCUUUUGGCGUCUUACUGCUGAUCAGUUAUCUGCUUUUGUUAGUCCUGAGAGCUUGGUGAGGGAUUUGGUUCUGCUGAAGGAGGUGGAAGAACCGCUUGGGUGAGGAAGGGCCUUUCUAGUGUUUUUCCAUUUCAGAGAAUAAAGAGAACACUCAUUCCACUCGCACACUUUCAGCCAUGGUUUCACAAGAGCUGCCGAAGGAAUCAAUCUCCAGUGUUCUGCAGCAGUGUCCUAUCUCAAACAUGAAUGAAUGUCGAUCUCGUUCCGGUGGGCUUUGUUAUUGCUCUCACUGCAACUGUGUAAAUCGUCCGUUGGUUCGUCCUCAUAGCUUACCAGCCAGCUUUCAGCCUCAUGGCCUUCAAAGCUGUCGAUCCAUGGAGCCUUUUUCAGGAAGACUUAAAGAAGACGACUUGCCGGUCUUCGGCCGAGUACACAAUCAUGGUUUGUCACUAAGUCUUGGACCUGAGUUGGAGCCUAACAAUGUUAGGCCAUACAAUUAUAAUCAAGAACAUGUUAUGAGAAACAAAUCUGUGAUCGGAGUUAUCUGUGAGCCGCCGCCAUGUUCUUGUGCCAAAUAUUCCAGGGAUGAAGGCAUGGUGUGCGAUCAAGAUGUGGACAGUAAUAACUACACUUUAUCAUGUUUGAAUUCAGCGGCACCAUUCAUUGAUGGUCUUCAGAAGUCUCCAUAUCUUAAAGCUGCUCGAGAGCUGCUUGAUGAAGUUGUUUGUGUGAGUAAUAAGUCUGUCGUUGAGCCAUCUUCGGAGAAGAACGCGCAGAGGAAGAAUCAGAUUAAAGGGAACUCGCACAAUGCGCAGCUGUCAUGGGAAGAAGAAGAGAUGAGUAGAAUAAAUAAGCUUCUUGCUCUGCAGGAAGAGCUCGAAAAGCGACAGAAGAUAUACUUCCAUCAAAUGGAUGAACUUGUAGCAUCCUUCGAAGCUGUAGGAGGUCCCGGAUCUGCCGCCACAUACACCGCCCUCACCACACAAGCAAUGUCCAAACACUUCUCUAAUCUUAGGGAAUCCAUUCUCUCCCACAUGGAUUCUUCAAGAGAGGCCUUCCCCAAAGAUGGUUCAAAAAACCAUAAACCAAAGAGAGAAUCACUCCAACAUCUUGGCAUGAUCCAUGUUCGACAAAUUUGGAGACCGCUCAGAGGACUACCGGAGGACUCGGUCAUGGUGCUUCGAGCUUGGCUUUUCGAGCAUUUUCUUCACCCUUAUCCAAGUGACAAUGAGAAGCUUUUAUUGGCUUCCAAGACUGGCUUGACAAGAAACCAGAUUUCGAACUGGUUCAUAAAUGCUCGCGUUCGGCUGUGGAAACCGAUGAUAGAAGAGAUGUACAAAGAAGAGUUUGCAGAGGAGCAAGAGGAUUCAAAUCCUUCUUUUUAGAAGUUGACAUUGGAAGAGCUUAAAUGAUCAGAGGGAAGUAGCUGAGAGGUUUAGGAAUGUGCAGAAAGGUGA